AUGUUUCAUCCUAUCCUCUGGCAACAUACCCCUUCCGCCUUAGUGGACGUCGGUUUGAUGUUGGACUUUUCAGUAGCGGGCACUGUGUACCCGUUGGCACCAUUCCCGGCGGCACUUGUCGCGGAGGCGGAAGCACUGCUUGCAGCCGAGGAUGCAGAUGACGCGGCACUGCUAGCAGCACCUGAUGCUGAGGUCAAGGCGGAGGAAGCCGCGGAGGUGGCGCUGCUCUGGAUCCUGCUCUGUGCGGAACUGGCACUGGCGAGAAUGCUGCUGAUCCGGCUUGAAAUACUGCUUUGGGCCGAACCAGUCGCUGUAGCGCCGACUGACGACAGGCUGGAAAUGUCGGACGCGGCCGAAGCCGAGAUCGAGGAGACUUCAGACUGGACGGACGAGACCAACGAGCUGACGUCUGUCUGCACGCCGGUGGCGAAUGAGGAUGCCACCGAUUCUGCUGAUGAGAUGGCUGAGCUGGCGCCUGAGGUGGCAGACCCGAAGGCAGAACCAGCGUCGCUGGCGAAGGAUGAAGCGAGUGAAGUUGCUGCUGAGACGAUGGAGCUGACGUCUUGA